AUGACGGAUUUUUCCUCUAGUAAACCGAAGGGACCUGACGGAGAGAAGGGAACCUCAAAAUCUCAGAAUCUCAGAUUAUCAGAAUCUCAAAAUCUCAAAAUCUCAAAAUCUCAGAAUCUCAGAAUCUCAGAAUCUCAGAAUCUCAGAAUCUCAGAAUCUCAGAAUAUCAGAUUAUCAGAAUCUCAAAAUCUCAAAAUCUCAGAAUCUCAGAAUCUCAGAAUCUCAGAAUCUCAGAAUCUCAGAAUCUCAGAUUAUCAGAAUCUCAAAAUCUCAAACUCUCAGAAUCUCGGAAAAAUGAAAAUCUGA